AUGAUACGUCCACCAAAAGCACCUACACGUUCCGCAAACAAUCAGUCAGCAAAUGAGUCAAUUCAAUCAUCGACAAAUGUUCCAGAUAUAACAUCAUAUAUAGGAAAAAUUUUAACGUUAAAUCAUCAACAAGUUAUUGUUGAAGAUAUUCUUGGGCAAGGUGGUUUUGCUUUUGUUUUUCUUGUCCGUUCAUUUAAUCAACAACGAUAUGCGCUCAAACGUAUGUACGUUAAUAAUCAACGUGAUCUACAUGUUUUUCAACGUGAAAUAGCUAUAGUAAAAGAAUUUUCGUCACAUUCAAAUAUUGUAAAAUACGUUGAUUCUUACGUACAUCGUUUAUCACCAACGAAUAUACAAACACGAAACUAUUACACGACAAGAAGUGGCAGUGAUGACAACGAUGACGAUGCUAUUUAUGAAAUAUUAUUACUAACAGAAUAUUGUUCAAAUGGGGCAUUGAUUAAUCGUCUAAAUGAACAACGCAAUAUUGGUGUAACAUUAAAUGAACACCAAAUUCUACGCAUAUUUGCUGAUAUUUGUCGUGGCGUAAGUGCAUGUCAUUUUCGGCGCCCACAACCAAUUUUACAUCGGGAUAUUAAGUUGGAAAAUGUUCUUAUUGAUUCUCGGCAAAACUAUGUUCUAUGUGAUUUCGGUUCAGCUAUUAUGCUGCCACCUUCAACAACGAAUGAACAUCAACAAUAUCAAAUCGAUCAAUUGACUACCAAUGUUAUUCAACAACUCGAAGAAGAAAUUCAACGCUAUACAACAUUAUGUUAUCGUGCACCGGAAAUGAUUGAUUUGUACAGUCGUAAACCGCUUACAUUAAAAAUUGAUAUUUGGGCUAUGGGCUGUCUUUUAUAUAAACUUAUGUAUAACACAAUGCCAUUCGGUGAUAGUGUGCUAGCGAUACAAAAUGGUACGUUUGUUAUACCCGAUGACAUGGCGCAAAGUUAUAGUCGAGAGUUGAAUUUACUGGUUCGAUAUUUGUUAGAAAUUGAUAUUGGCAAAAGACCGGAUAUAUGGCAGGUGGCCUAUAUUACAUACAAACUACUUGCUACGGAAUGUCCUAUUCCUAACCGAUGCCAAUCGAAAAUUCCUACUUUAAGUGCAGUUACAAUGCCAUUAACUGACAGCGAAUCUCGGCAACAACGAGCAGCAGCUUUAGCAAAAGCUAAAUUAACUUUGAAAAAUACAACCGAUGAAUCCUCAACCGUCGGCACAGCAGUGAAUCCACGUGAACGUCCACGUGGUAUGAUGGCACCAUCAACAUCGCUAAUAAACUUCGAUCAAGUGAGUCAACGAUCAUCCAAUAUUGCUGCUAUGCUACCUACAUCGGCAAGUGCAACUCGAUCCGAAUCAGCAACUCAAUUAAUGUUCGACGAUGAUUUUUCACAAAUUCCAUCGCAUGCAAUUAGUUUGAAUAAUAUCCCAACUGCAAUAUCAGCAGCAAAAAAUGACACGCUCGUAUCUCGUGCACGACCAUCACCGCCCACCAUGGCUUCACCAUCGCCCGGUCUUGUUUUACAACAACAACAAUUUUUUCCACCACCGCCUCCGCAUUCCUCUAAUACUCAUCGGCGUAGUGCAUCGCAAACCAUGAGCCCAAUGCAAAAUCAGUCGUCUUUUCACAACGCCUCCUCCAUUGAUUCAUCUAGUAGUGACGAAGCAUCCGACGAAGCUUCUGAGCAAUUAAGAACAAAUUUAGAUAAAUUAAAAUUUCAUAAUUAUUCAAAAAUUGAUUCACAAUCAAAUUCGGAUGAUGAUAAAAUAUUUACAUCGAUGUCUGACCAUAAUAGACCAAUAGCGACAAAACAACAAAGAAACUCUAAAUCACCAACAAAAGAUAAAUCAACCAGUCAUCAUCCAUCAAUGGAGGAGGCUAAAACCGAGAUUCCAUCUUUUACUAAAAACUUUACUGAAUCAUCUACAGAAAAAUUUUUCCAUCGAAUUACAAACAACGGUUUUGAUGAAAACUUAACCAAUCAUUCGUCGACAUCAAAAUCUUCAUUAAAUAAAAAUCAAUUAAAUUCAUCUUUGAUUGAUAGUAAUAAUCCUUUUCAUUGUGCACCUUUUCAUCUUUCACCGUCCAAUAAGCAAUCAUUAACUAAUCUUAAUCGAACAGCAGUACUUACUAAUCCAAAUACAUGUGAUCUGAACAGUAUCGUUACUGGAAAACGAACAAGUGCCUUUGCUCCUUAUCAAAAACGAACAAUAAAUACAGAAAAUCACGUUAUUGGCACAAAAACUAAUACCGGUAACUCCAUCGACAAAGUUUCUCAUUCAGAAUCUUUAGCGUGCAAUGGUCUUGAUAAUCAAGCAUCACUUUCAAUUGACGUUUUCACUAAUGCUCCUUUUAAAGCUAAAACAAAAACAAAACAAUAUUCAACAACGAAUGAUACAAUAUCACCAUCGAAUUCUCAAUUCAUUGAUUUAAAUGUACAAGAAAAUUCUGAUUCUAGUAGGAAAAUAAUCCUGACUGGCAAUGAACCUCAGCAACACGGCUAUGCGAAUCUAUCAUUUAACGCUAAUGUUGUCGAUGAAUAUUUCUAA